GUGUGUUAGAUCUCUUUGCGGGAUCCCUUUUUAUCUCUAGUGUUUUCGUGUAAGAAAAAUCGAAAAGUUUUGGUGAAGCUAUAAAAAUAGUGGUAAUGGAUGAGCCCGAAAUAUAAAAAAUAAUUUAGGGGUUUUGGUAAUCACUUGAAAGUUGAAACUGCAACUACAGUUCAAAAACGUAGAAGACAAGAACAACAACAAUAGCAGCAACUCCUUGUCUCCCUGUUUGCGAUGGUUUCCCUAUCGACGUGGUUCCGUUACAUAGCCCACAAGCUCGAGUACUCCGUCUCUCUCAGCUGGAAGAGCUAUAAAAGAGGUCAAAUAACAGACAGAGAAGUAGGCAAUGCCGUUUUGAAGAAUCUAUGUCAGGGAAAGUUAACAUACAUGCACUGGAAUAAGGGAGAGGAAAUGGCCCCUACUAUAGGUGCACAAGGGGGAACUCUUCUCGUUCGGAAAUUACCAGCUGCAGAUCCAACGCGUGUUUUUGUUGGAGAUGUUGUGGUGUUGAAGGACCCCCAGAACUCAGAUAACUAUAUAGUCAGAAGAUUGGCUGCUAUUGAAGGGUAUGAAAUGGUCUCUAAAGAUGAAAAAGAUGAGCCCUUUGUUCUUGAAAAGGACCAGUGCUGGGUGUUGGCUGAUAAUGACAACUUAAAGCCCAAGCAGGAAGUGAAUGACAGUCGAACCUUUGGUCCAGUUUCCAUGACAGACAUUGCUGGCAGGGUAAUAUAUUCUUUGCGAACAGCUGUGGAUCAUGGCCCUGUGCAGAACAGUCAUUUCAGUAUGAGAAAGGAUUUACCAGUGCUGGAAGUCGAACUGGAUGUUGAUGAGAUGGCAAAAAACCACAAAGCGUAAACUGUACCCACAAAAUGCACUGACUUGGUGUGCCAAUCGGGUAAUCUGGUCAUUCUUUCCAACUGGAGCAUAUGAUGCGGCCUGCUCCGAAUUGAGGUUCAUCUAUAUUUAGCUUGCUUUCAAAAAGUAUGGUAGUGUUAAAAACUAGCCAAAAGAGCGAAACGGAAAAGGAAUCCAUCUGUUGCUGUUCUGGAUGCUUAUCUUAGGACUCAUGGCUUGCCUUUAAUUGCCUUUGAGCUUGCCAUUGCCAAGCUUUGAAUGUAACAUCUAAUUCUGAAAGCUGUUCUGAUUUUUCACCCUACCUGCAGACCAUACUUGGACGUGUUUUAA